AUGGACGAAGAGGUCGUGCUACGGGGAGUUGAAGAUAUUACGUGUCGGUGCGUAUACUCACAUGUAUAUGUAUACGCGCGUGUGUGUGUAUUCGGAUACGUUCUUCCUUCUUCUUCCGUGGUUUAUAGGGGGACAUUGGCGAUGGAGUGUACAUUUGGAGUGCAUGAAAAAAAAAACAAAAUGAAAAAAAAUAAGUGUUACCUUAGAGGGCAAACGAUCGGUACACGCGAUACCGUUUGCGGCGUGAUGUGUCUAAACAUUCCCCCCCGACACUGUUAUUGCAGCUUUUUUUUGUUUCCAUUUUAUAACCCCUUUUUACUGUAUUUACUGUUAUCUUCAUGA